AUGUUUUCAAAAAGAAAGAAUAAUGCUGGAAGGAUAUUACCACAACAGUGGAUAUUUGGGGGAAUUUUAACCAAGGAGACAUUUCUUAUCCAAGUUCCUAAUCGCACCAAGGAAGCGCUUUCAACUGCGAUAAAACAAUAUAUAAAGGUAGGUACAACCAUAUAUUCUGACUGUUGGUGUGGAUAUGAUACAGACGAACUAACCAUGCGUGCCGGAUACACGCAUGUUACAGUCAAUCAUACUAAUAACUUUGUUGACCCAGUUAGUGGGGUCCAUACUCAGCAUAUUGAACGUGUUUGGGAGGCUCCGCUAAAUGGAGAAAUAAAAAGCAUAGAGGAACCAGACGCCAUCAUUUGGAGUCUUAUCUGGCGGAGUUUAUCUGGAGACAAAACAUUGAAGGAGAACCAUUCGAUAACAUAUUGA